AUGAAGGAAAAUAAAGUAGAUAAUGAAGAAUUUAUUAAAAAAAGAUCAGAUUCUGGAUUUACUGAAACAUCUUACCUUCAAAGUGAAUAUUUAAAGAUUAACGAAAAUAUUUUUGAAGAAAAGGGAAUUAUUGAAGAAUUAAAUAUUCCCAUUUAUUUAGAAAGAGAUUCUAAAGAUUUUGCUUCUAAUGAAAUUUUAGAGAAGAAAUUAGAAAAUAUUGAAGAAUAUUUUGAAGAAGAAAAAAAUAAUAAUUUUAAUUUAUUACAAAUUAGUCAUCCUGAUGAGUCUUUACAAGUUUCUGUAAUGUUACUUGAACAAAAUCAACAAUUAAUUUCACCAAUUUCUGAAAGAACUAUUAAAAUACCCGAAGAGAAAAAUAAAAGUUCUUCUUCUUUGGAUUCUGUUGGAAUAAAUUCUGAAAUUUCAGAAAUUAGUUCUGAAGAGGAAAAAGAACUAAAAGACCAAACACAUACUUUACCUUCUUUAAAAAUAUUAGGAUUUGAUGCUAAAGUUUUCGAAUCAGAAAAAGAUUUUGUGCUUCGAAUAAAAGCUGUAGUGAAAAAUGAACCAAAAAAAGUAAUUGAUAGUCAAAUAAAAGUUGAAGAAUGGUUAACCAAAUAUGGAGAUUCUCAAUUAUUUGAAAUCGAAAUGAAUAAAAAGGAGGGGGAGGAAUUAUUGGCUGAAAAAGAUGAAGUGGAAAUUUCUAAGAAAAUAAUGAAAACUCCAAGACAAUCGUCGAUUACAGGAGAAUUUAGGGAAGAGAGAGAAUCUUCGGUUAUUUCAAUCAAAUACGAACUUCAAAAAUCAAAAUCUGAAGCAGAAAAGUCUCUAAAUUAAUAAAAGAACAAAGAAAAGAAGAAAUAAAUAUAAAUACAAAAACAUUUAAAGAGGAAUUUAAAAAUUUCCAAGCAAAUUUGAUUGGAAAGGAAGACUGGGAAAGUUAUAGAAAAAUAAUUAAAUCUGCCAGUCAAUCAUCAGGAAUUUGUUGAAACGAGAUCUGAUUCGUUUAUUUCUAUUAAUCA